CUCUUUUUCAAAUUCUAUUUUUCCGAACAUUUUCCUCCCCGUGCUUAUUUUCUGUUAGACGAAGCUCUAACCUGGGGGCUGUCUCCGCAAACUGCCGAUCCCCACCGCCAUCACCUUGGUGCUUCGGACUGUCAUACCCUUCUAUGCAUCCAUGUUGGCGGUACAACGAUGAAGCUGAGCGGGAAGAACCUCCAUUUGCCGCGGAUAUCGUGGUUCCUAGCAUUCUACCUAUGGGUAAUUUUUAUACAAGCUGCCCAGGCGUCGCUCGGUGACCGACUGCCAGACUUUAAAGAAUGCGUCCAGGUUUGCAAAGUAGAGAACUGCGAAAAGGGACACCUGUCAUUGCCGAUACACUUGCGACUUUUCCUUUGGGAUUGCCCGUCCGAGUGCGAUUAUACCUGCCAGCAUGUCAUCACUAACAAGCGGGUCUCCCGUGACCCUCCAAUGCUUCAGCCUGUGCUCCAGUUCCAUGGUAAAUGGCCGUUUCGCCGUAUUUUGGGGAUCCAGGAGUUCUUUUCCGUUUUCUUUUCGCUGUUGAACUUUCUGGCUCACCGGCAGGGCAUGGGAAGGGUUCGCGAAUCGAUACCCGAAUCAUAUCCCCUGCGAAAAUACUACUUGGCGUUUGGAUAUUUCGGUCUUGCGAGCUGGAUCUUUAGCAUGAUAUUUCAUACUCGAGACUUCCCAUUGACGGAGAAGCUCGACUAUUUCGCGGCUGGAGCUAGUGUGCUAUACGGUUUAUACCUCGCCAUUGUCCGGAUAUUUCGCUUCGACCAAGUCCGUCCGCGUCUUAAACCCACGUUGCUGCGUUGGUGGACAAUACUCUGCUGUGGGCUCUACUUGGCUCAUGUGUCAUAUCUGAGCUUUUGGACCUGGGAUUACUCCUACAACAUGACGGCGAAUGUAGCAGUUGGUAUCACACAGAAUUUGCUCUGGACAUGGUUUAGUAUUUCUCGAUACAGAAAGUACAUGAAAGGGUGGACUGCGUGGCCGGGAAUGAUAGUCGCAUGGCUGAUCCUCGCUAUGAGUCUGGAACUUCUUGAUUUUCCUCCGGCGUGGGGAUUGGUUGACGCCCACAGCCUAUGGCAUCUAGGGACCGUUGUUCCUACCAUUUGGUGGUACACGUUCCUCGUCAAAGACGCGCAAGACGAUCUUAUGGGACAAAGGCUCAAAGCAUAGGUUGCUUGCGAUUGAAUCAUUCGGAAUGUCGGAUCUUCAAGGAUAUGUUUUGAGCUCUGAAAGGCUUAUGACAAGGUGUUUCGGAUAUUUCUGUGGAUAGAACUUGAGCUCGAAGAGAUAGAGGGAUUCUAAGUUCACUUGAAGUGUAUUCCUUGCUUCUUUGUCUCUCGUAUAUAAAUUCAACGAGAAUAGGCAGGCGAUUCCUCAAAAGU